CUUUUUUUUCUUUUUGUUCUUUCACAUGUGUAUAUACACACAGACACAUACACAACACACUCACAUUUCUAUUAUCAUAUAAGUCUUCAACUUUACCUUUUCUCUUCUAAAAAAAUUAUUUAUCUUCUUCAUCAAAUUCUACUGAUUCCCCUUUUCCUCAUCUCUAUGGCCGUCUCACCUAAUUCACACUCUUUAGAAUUAACAAUAUCAAUCCCAAGCUUCUCUCCAUCUUCUUCACACCCUUCAUCUGGUGAUCACAUGGUGAGAGAUUUAGAUAUAAACCAAAUCCCAAAGAUGGAAGAAGAUCGUGAGUGGAUCAUGAUCGGUGCAACACCACAUGUCCACAGAGAAGAUAGCAUCUCCGGCGGACGGCGGCGUAAAAAGCUCCGUCUAACCAAAGAGCAAUCACAUCUUCUUGAAGAGAGUUUCAUACAAAAUCAUACCUUGACUCCUAAACAAAAACAAGAAUUGGCCACCUUUCUGAAGCUUAGUCAAAGACAAGUUGAGGUGUGGUUUCAAAAUCGAAGAGCUCGGAGUAAGCUAAAGCAUACGGAGAUGGAAUGUGAGUAUCUGAAGAGAUGGUUCGGGUCAUUGAAGGAGCAAAAUCGACGGCUACAAAUAGAAGUUGAAGAACUACGAGCUCUAAAGCCAUUAUCGGCCUCGGCAAUAACCAUGUGUCCACGGUGUGAACGUGUGACCGAUGCAUCAGAUAAUGGCUCUAAUGCCGUUCAGGAGGGAGUAGCUCGUAGCAGCCAGUCACGCAUGACAAUUUCCUCUUCCUCUUCCCUCUGUUGACUGGUUCGGUCAAAGCUAAAGUCAAAGUCAAAGAUUGAAACGCCUGUUUAGGGGAUAAAGAGCAAAGAUUUGAUGAUGAUUAGGAGGAUUUUGUGCAUAGUUCUCUAAUUAUUUGUUUCAUCCUCGUUUUAUAGUUUUUUUUUUUUUUAUCGAUUUGUGUAUGUUUAUUUUUCAUAUCCUUUUGGAUUGAGUAGUAUUAUUGACUUGAACAAUGUGGAUGGGGAAAAAUAUUUUAUAACAGUAUAACCCACAUUACAAAUGUUUUUAUUUAAUUUCAAUUUUUACAAAAUAA